GAUGGAAAAUCAAGCACUCAAAAAUGGUUGCACCAAACAAAUAUUGCUUUUCGAUGAUUUUUCAGACUUUAUUAGUGAUAGUUCAAAUAAACUUCUUAAUCAAAUGAUGGAAACUCAUUUAGAUCUUAAGGCUCCCCAUUGA